CAGUCUUCGGCCUCCCCCGAUGAUCGCUCCUCUCACACGGCGGCGGCGGGUCACCGAUCGAUCACCCGGGAGGGGGGAGGGGAGAGCACACCGGCACCACGGAUUCCUGUGCCAGAAGAAUCCAACUGGACGCCAUGUCCACCAAGGCGGAGCAAUUUGCCUCCAAGAUCCGAUACCUACAUGAGUACCACCACCGCGUCAUCCAUAAUACCUACCCGGUGCCAACGGGAACCGACAUCGCCAACACCCUGAAGUACUUCUCCCAGACACUGUUAAGCAUUUUGUCCCGGUCAGGCAAGAAGGACAAUCAAGAUGCCUCCAAUUUGACAGUGCCCAUGACUAUGUGUCUUUUCCCUGUGCCAUUCCCACUCACCCCAUCUCUAAGACCACAGGUCAGUUCCAUCAAUCCUACUGUUACUCGCUCCCUCCUUUACAGCGUCCUGCGAGAUUCUCCAUCGGAACGAGGCCAACAAAGCCGCGAUGCCCAAUUGUCCGAGUACCCUUCUUUGGAUUAUCAGGGGCUCUAUGUGACAUUGGUUACCUUGUUGGACCUGGUGCCCUUACUCCAACAUGGACAACAUGAUCUGGGACAAUCCAUAUUUUAUACCACCGCUUGCCUGUUACCGUUUCUGAGUGACGAUAUACUGAGCACGUUACCGUACACCAUGAUCUCCACAUUGGCCACCUUCCCUCCCUUCCUCCACAAGGACAUCACCGAGUAUCUCAGUACGUCCUUCCUGCCCAUGGCCAUCUGCUCCAGAGGAAGAGAAGGAAGUGUACCACAACAUGUUAACCUCUCCGCCUCAUCAAUGCUUAUGAUUGCCAUGCAGUACACCUCCAACCCAGUCUAUCACUGUCAGCUCUUGGAGUGUCUCAUGAAGUACAAGCAGGAAGUGUGGAAAGAUCUUCUGUAUGUCAUCGCCUACGGACCCUCCCAGGUCAAGCCGCCAGCCGUGCAGAUGCUGUUCCAUUAUUGGCCGAACCUGAAACCCCCGGGAGCCAUCAGCGAAUACCGCGGCCUGCAAUACACGGCCUGGAAUCCCAUCCACUGUCAGCACAUCGAAUGUCACAACGCCAUCAACAAACCCGCUGUGAAGAUGUGUAUCGAUGCCGCCCUGUCGGUGGCUUUGGGUGAUAAACCUCCCCCGUUAUACCUGUGUGAGGAAUGCAGCCAGAGGAUUGCUGGGGAUCACAGUGAAUGGCUCAUCGACGUUCUUCUCCCUCAAGCUGAAAUUUCAGCCAUUUGUCAGAAAAAGAACUGCAGCUCUCACGUAAGGAGGGCGGUGGUGACGUGCUUCUCCGCCGGCUGCUGCGGUCGUCACGGUAACCGGCCGGUGCGUUACUGCAAACGCUGCCACUCCUACCACCAUAACCAAGAGGCGGGCGGAGCUUCUUCCUCGGAGGCGCACCUGUUCCAGACGUCCCCGCCUCCGAUUAACACCAGAGAGUGCGGCGCGGAGGAGCUGGUGUGUGCGGUGGAAGCCGUGAUAAGUUUGCUGAAGGAGGCGGAGUAUCACGCGGAGCAGCGGGAGUACGAGAUGAACCGGCGCAGGCAGAUGGGCCUCGCCUCCUCUCAUCAUUCAUUGGACAACACCGACUUCGAUAACAAAGACGAUGAUAAACACGACCAGCGCCUGCUCAGCCAGUUCGGGAUCUGGUUCCUGGUGAGCCUUUGCACGCCGAGCGAGAACACGCCCACCGAGAGCCUCGCCCGACUGGUCAGCAUGGUGUUCCAGUGGUUCCAUUCCACGGCUUACAUGAUGGACGACGAGGUCGGCAGCCUUGUGGAGAAGCUCAAGCCUCAGUUUGUCACCAAGUGGCUGAAGACGGUGUGCGACAUUCGCUUCGACGUCAUGGUGAUGUGCCUGCUGCCCAAACCCAUGGAGUUCGCCAGGGUCGGCGGAUAUUGGGACAAGUCUUGCAGCACGGCCACGCAGCUGAAGGAAGGUCUGAAUAGAAUUUUGUGCCUUAUCCCUUAUAACGUUAUAAACCAGCCGGUCUGGGAGUGUAUCAUGCCGGAGUGGCUCGAGGCCAUCAGAACCGAGGUGCCGGACCACCAGCUCAAGGAGUUCCGAGAGGUCCUCAGUAAAAUGUUUGAUAUUGAGAUGUGCCCGCUGCCCUUCUCCAUGGAAGAGAUGUUCGGGUUUAUCAGCUGCCGAUUCACCGGCUACCCAUCCUCCGUCCAGGAACAAGCUUUACUCUGGCUACACGUUUUGUCAGAACUGGACAUUGUGGUCCCUCUUCAGCUGUUGAUCAGCAUGUUCUCUGAUGGGGUGAACUCGGUGAAGGAGCUGGCCAAUCAGAGGAAAGUCCGAAUCACCGACUUAUCCGGGAACGUUCCUGGAAACCGGAGCAGCAUUGCUUCGGAUCCGGGGCGCCGGGUCCUGCACAGCAUGCUGAGUCCUUUCCCCAGCCCCUUUCACAGUCCCUUCCGCAGUCCCAUGCGCAGUCCUUUCCGGAGCCCCUUCAAAAACUACGGACACCCCGUGGGGAAGACCAACGACUUCGACUGCGAUGACGAGGAGAUGAAUCUCAACUGCUUUAUCCUCAUGUUUGAUCUCAUAUUAAAACAGAUGGAGUUGCAAGAUGACGGCAUCACGCUGGGAUUAGAGAACAGCCUAUCCAAAGACGUCAUCUCCAUCAUAAACAACGUGUUCCAGGCCCCCUGGGGGGGCUCCCACACCUGUCAGAAGGAUGAGAAGGCGGUGGAGUGCAGCCUGUGUCAGUCCAGCAUCCUCUGCUACCAGAUGGCCUGCGAGCUGCUGGAACGGUUGGCGCCCAAGCUGGAGAUCCGUUUGGUGGAGCCGACUGACAGCCUAGAGGAGAGUCUGCUAUACUCCCGGCCGGAAUUUAUCAUCGGCGCCGCCGAGGGGGAAGAGGAGGAGAAUCCCGCCAAGAAACACGCCGACAAUCCCGGAACUCACCCCGAGACCGCGGGACCCACCAACACAACAAAUGUGAAAAACGACACGGAUCACAAGUUCUUCUACCAGCAGCUUCCUGUGACCCUGAAGCUAAUUUACACCGUUCUCCAGGAAAUGGCGAAGUUCGAUGAGCCGGACAUUCUCUUCAACAUGCUGAGCUGCCUGAAGACUCUGUGCCUGCACGGCGAGUGUCUCUACAUCGCUAAGAAGGACCACCUUCCCUUCCUCGCCUACAUACAGGAGCACAUGCUGAUCUCCAGCUUGUGGCGGGUUCUGAAGUCGGAGUUCUCCCAGCUGUGUUCCCUGGCGGUCCCGCUGCUCCUCCACGCUCUGUCUCUUCCGUACGGCGCCGAUAUCUUCUGGACAAUUAUAAACUCCAACUUCAACAGCAAGGACUGGAAGAUGAGGUUUGAAGCAGUGGAGAAGGUCGCCGUUCUCUGCCGGUUCCUGGACAUCCAUUCGCUCACAAAGAACCACCUGCUGAAAUAUUCGCUGGCCCACGCCUUCUGCUGCUUCCUGACCGCCGUGGAAGACGUCAACCCAGCGGUGGCGACACGCGCCGGUCUUCUGCUGGACACCAUCAAGAGGCCGGCCCUGCAGGGUCUUUGCCUCUGCCUGGACUUCCAGUUUGACACGGUGGUAAAGGACCGGCCGACCAUCCUCAGCAAGCUCCUCCUCCUCCACUUCCUGAAGCAGGACAUCCCGGCGCUGAGCUGGGAAUUCUUUGUGAACAGAUUUGACACGUUGUCCCUGGAAGCUCAGCUACACCUGGACUGCAACAAGGAGUUCCCCUUCCCUACAACGAUUACGGCUGUGAGGACAAACGUGGCCAACCUGAGCGACGCCGCCUUGUGGAAAAUCAAAAGAGCGCGCUUUGCCCGCAACAGGCAGAAGAGUGUGCGGUCCCUGAGAGACAGCGUCAAGGGGGCCACCGAGUCAAAGAGGGCCCUCUCAUUGCCAGAGACUCUCAGCACCAAAAUCCCUGUCAGACUGACGAGACACGAGCAGUCGGCUCCGGUCCUCGGGGGCAACGCUGAGCAGCAACAAGGACAACACUCCCCAGAAAACGAUCACAUCAUCAAGGACCCUCUCCCGGAGGACGCGGGGAUCGACCAUCAGACGGUCCACCAGCUGAUCUCCGUCCUCAUGAAGUUCAUGGCCAAAGACAAGAGCAGCGCGGAGGCCGACAUCAGCAGCGCCAAAGCCUUCAACACCGUGAAGAGACAUCUGUAUGUGUUGUUGGGUUUCGACCAGCAGGAGGGCUGCUUCAUGAUCGCGCCUCAGAAAAUGCGCAUCUCCACCUGCUUCAAUGCGUUUAUUGCCGGAAUCGCUCAGGUGAUGGAUUACAACAUCAGUCUUGGGAAGCACCUCCUGCCCCUGGUGGUUCAAGUUCUGAAAUACUGCACCUGCCCUCAGCUGCGCCACUUCUUCCAGCACCCGCCCCGCUGUUCCCUGUGGUCCCUGAGGCCUCAUAUCCGUCAGAUGUGGCUGAAGGCUCUUCUUGUUAUCCUCUAUAAGUAUCCGUACAGAGAGGCCGACCUCAGCAAGAUCAUGCUUAAUCUGAUCCACAUAACCGUCAACACCCUGAACGCCCAGUACCACAGCUGCAAACCGCACGCCACGGCCGGCCCGCUGUACAGCGACAACAGCAACAUCAGCAGAUACAGCGAGAAGGAGAAAGCGGAGGAGGACAGCGUGUUUGACGAGUCUGAUAUCCACGAUACGCCAACCGGAGCCGGUAAUAAGGAAUCGCAGACGUUCUUUGCCCGAUUAAAGAGGAUCGGUGGGAGCAAGAUGGUGAAAUACCAACCAGUGGACAUGAGUGCCCAGAGAAGUGAGAUUGAACUGGCUGAAUACAGGGAGUCGGGGGACAGCAUUCUACGUUGUGUGAGAGAAGACACCAACCAGAAGAAGAGGUUACGGUCCCUCAAACAAAAGUCUCUGGACAUUGGCAACACAGACUCUUUGUUGUUCACUCUUGACGAGCAUCGCCGGAAGUCGUGCAUUGACCGGUGCGACAUCCUCCACCCCAAUAACCAGAAAAUGAACGACUGCGGACGUUCGAGGCAGAACUCCUCCACAAAAGCCGAUAAUGGAGACAUUGAUGAGAAUCCAACGCAAAUGGAGAGCUGCCAGGAAGUCAGAAGAACCAUCAUACCGGAGGUGAGGUUAAGCUGCAUGGAGACAUUUGAGGUCAAGGUGGACUCUCCGGUAAAAUCAUCUUCGCCAAGAGAAGACUUAGACCUCAUCGAUUUGUCUUCAGAUUCAACAUCAGGGCCAGAAAAACAGUCCAUUUUAUCCACCUCCGAUAGUGACUCUUUGGUCUUUGAGCCGCUUCCGCCCUUGAGAAUUGUAGAGAGUGACGAUGAAGAGUUUCAGCUCCUGAACAGCGAGACUCUAGGCAUCUCGGCUUCUUCAACUCCCAUCAGUGCCUCAGUACUUAGCCUUAGCAUAAUGCCCCUGGUACAAGUAAGUGUAGAAGACUGUUCUAAAUCCUUCACUGCCGGGGACUUCAGUUAUAAUCCAUCUUUGGAAGACGAUGAUUUCCCUUCCCGAGCCCUAGAAGAUCAAAAAGACUUUGAAGAAUUGGCGAAGCCGGGAGACUGUCAGGAGGCCUCCAUCGGGAGCCCGCUCACUCUCAAGCAGAAGCGAGACCAGCUGCGCAAGUCCUGCGCGCUCACCGGCAUGUCGUUGGAUGACAGCUUUGAGGACGCCACAGAGGACCCCGCAGAGGAAGCCGGUUCUCCCGCGAAAAGCGUUCACCUGAGCGUGCCGGAAGAAGGCGGAAACCAGACAGAUAGCGAUAAGCCAGACGCCAGCGCGGAAUCUGACACCGAGCACAUCGCAGAACAUAAGGAAGAAGCGGAAGAAUCUGAGUUCAAGAUACAAAUUGUCCCCAGGCAGAGAAAGCAAAGGAAGAUCGCAGUCAGCGCGAUACAACGGGAAUACCUGGACAUAACCUUCAACAUCCUGGACAAGCUGGGAGAACAGAAAGAUCCAGAGUCUAAAGCGCUGUCCAUCCUUCCCCGAGAAUCGUCUUCUGCGCCGACCCUGGAGGCCGGGAUCCCGGAGCCCAGCAGCCGCUCUUCUCUCGCAACACAAUAUAGACAGAUGAAGCGGGGUUCUCUGGGAGCGCUCGCUAUGGCGCAGCUCAUGAAGAGGCAACUCGAGCACCAAUCCAGUGCACCCCACAAUAUCAGUACCUGGGAUCCUGAUGACCCCAAAGCUGCACACGAGGUCUUAGGAAGCAUCUCAGAGGUGUCCAUGGGCAGGACGAGUAUUCCGUAUAUCCAGAUUGGGGCGACAAAGUCCAGCCUACUCUCGGCUCCCAGUAUAGUCAGCAUGUUUGUUCCCGCCCCCGAGGACUUCUCUGAUGACCAGCCCACAAUAAUGUCUGAUAAGUGCCAUGACUGUGGGGCCAUCCUGGAGGAAUAUGAUGAGGAAACUUUAGGUCUGGCCAUCGUUGUUCUUCUGACAUUCAUUCACCUGAGUCCGGACUUGGCGGCUCCUCUGCUGCUCGAUAUCAUGCAAUCCGUGGGCAGGUUGGCGUCCUGUACAAGUUUCUCCAAUCAAGCUGAAAGCAUGCUGAUUCCCGGGAACGUGGCGGGGGUGGCGAAACAAUUCCUCCGCUGUGUAUUCCACCAGUUGGCACCCAAUGGCAUCUUCACCCAACUCUUCCAGAGCAAUAUCAAAGACGGGAGCUUCUUGCGCACGUUGGCGGUCGCGCUGAUGGACUUCAAUGAGCUGAGCUCCUUUGCUGCCCUCAGCCAACUGCUGGAGGGUUUAAACAACAAAAAGAACUUGCCUGCAGGGGGCGCCAUGUUGCGCUGCUUGGAGAACAUUGCCACUUUUAUGGAAGCCUUACCCAUGGAUUCCCCCAGCAAUCUCUGGACAACCAUUUGUAAUCAGUUCCAGACGUUCUUCGCCAAACUUCCCUCCGUCCUGCCACUAAAGUGCUCCUUAGAUUCCAGUCUGCGGAUAAUGAUUUGCCUGCUGAAGAUCCCGACAACCAACGCCACCCGGAGUUUGCUGGAUCCGUUCUCCAAGCUCCUGAGCUUCGUCAUGCAGAACGGGGUCUUCUCCUUGGCGUACCUCAUCGAGCUCUGCGGCCUGUGUUACCGAGUCUUCACCAAGGAACGGGAUAAAUACUACUUGACCCGCAGCGUGAUCCUCGACCUCCUACAAGCCCUGAAACUGAAGUCGCCGCUCCCCGACACCAACCUCCUCCUGCUGGUUCAGUUUAUUUGCACAGAUGUCGGCACCAAAUUAGCCGAAUCCACCAUCAUUCACAAGCAGAUGAUCGCGUCUCUUCCUGGGUGCGGGACGGCCGCCAUGGAGUGCACGCGCCAAUACAUCGGCGAGAUUUUGGACUUCAUUGCUGAUAUGCAUACAUUAACCAAACUGAAGAAUCACAUGAAGACCUGUUCGCAGCCCUUACAUGAAGACACGUUCGGCGGUCACCUUAAAGUCGGCCUCGCCCAAAUAGCCUCAAUGGAGAUAACCCGAGGAAAUCACCGGGACAAUAAGGCUGUUCUACGAUACCUGCCUUGGCUCUAUCACCCGCCUUCAGCCAUGCAGCAAGGACCUAAAGAGUUCAUUGAGUGCGUGUCGCAUAUCCGCCUCCUGUCGUGGCUUCUCUUGGGGUCGCUCACCCACGGCGUGGUCUGCCCAAACUUAACCUCGCCAUGCAUGCCGAUUCCUCUGGAUGCCGGCUCCCAUGUGGCCGAUCACCUCAUUGUGAUUCUUAUCGGUUUCCCCGAACAAUCCAAGACCUCGGUGCUCCACAUGUGCUCCCUCUUCCACGCCUUCAUCUUUGCGCAGCUCUGGACGGUGUACUGCGAGCAGGCCGCCAUCGCCCCAACCGUCCAGAACCAGAACGAGUUCAGCUUCACGGCCAUCCUGACAGCACUGGAGUUCUGGAGCCGCGUCACUCCCAGCGUCCUUCAGUUGAUGGCGCACAACACUGUGAUGGUAGAGAUGGUCUGCCUGCAUCUCAUCAGCCUAAUGGAGGCGCUACAGGAAUGCAACUCCACCGUCUUUGUAAAACUGAUCCCUAUGUGGUUACCGAUGAUCCAAUCCAACAUAAAGCAUUUAUCGGCAGGGCUACAGCUCCGCCUCCACGCGAUCCAGAACAACGCCAACCAGCAGAACCUGCGGAUGCUCCAAGGCUCGGCGCAGUUCAGUCACAACUCGGCCGUCCUGCGGAAGUGGCUGCAGUGCACGCAGUUCAAAAUGGCGCAGGUGGAGAUCCAGUCUUCGGAGGCCGCCUCCCAGUUUUAUCCUCUGUAACGUUUCGAUGGUCUUGGUGAAACCAAAAGUAUAAUCUACGAGGAUCGACGUCGCUGGUCGGCCUGAUGGGAUUAGAGGGGUAUCGGGGAAUAUGACCCCCCCCCCAAAAAAAAACACCAAUUUGGUGCUUUCAAAAGGUUCCGAAAAGGUUUCCCCACACAAAGCUGUCAGUUUAGUUUGGAGUGGAAGGAGGAGGUUGCUAGAAGCCGGAUUUGGUAAAGGGGAACUCCAUUGAGCCCAAUGCUUACUACUCCCCUCCCCCCCCCCCGGUAACUUUCCAUAAAUGCUGUAAAAUAUAUGAAAUGGAUGCAACCACCUGACUGCUCCAAGCUUUCUUCCCUUCAUAUUACCCAGCGAUGGGCAGGGAAGAACAUCCCCACAAGUGAGGAACUACACGUCCCGAAACGCAUUGGGAGGAGCAAGUAUGUGGCACAGGAAGAGACCUGAAACAAUGUAUUUCUUUGAUUUUAGUCUAAUUAGGGUUUGCUUAGAAAGGAGUUUAUUGGACGUUCGCUGUUGGGCGCAAGCGUUCAAUACGUGCAAAAACGGGCAAUUUCUUGCUGGCGCAUCCCAAUAGGGGCGAGACGCUGAAGACGGUAAAUCUCCUGACCUGAUCUUAUGUUACAAAUCAUCGCCGAAUGCAGGAAAAGAAACAACGCAACUCUACGUGAGCCCUAAAAAAAGCCAAAGAGACUUGGCUGUGGACCAACGCUACAGGGCCGGUGCUACCAC